CUAGUGAACAAUUUGCGAGACUUGGCCGAAUGUUUGUAGCACAGCCUUCCUCCAUCAUACAUACCCUCUGGCAUGUACAGUCUUGUCUGAUGCUUUCCCAGCUUGUCAUAUGUCCUAUGGCCUACAUUGCCAAGUGUCUCAUUUUGUGUCUCCUGUCCACUGCUGUAUCCGUUUCCCCUGUGCGUUCAACAUUCCAGCAGCUUCACCCGAAAAGGAGAAAACAAUCGACAACAAAAGAAGAAACACGCAACUUGCAACCGCUAUCUUGCGCUCCAUUGUCGAAAGCACAUGGAGCGCAGAUUUUUGCUGCCGCUGCGCAAAAGACUGCACCUGCCAAGCCACAGACGACAGCCGUCGCUUUCUUCUCCCGAGACCAGAGGGAUGAGACGGUCGCGCCGCUCGAGACAGCAGUUUGUUUUUCUUCUCACGCCUGGGUCCACCAAUUGAAGUACCUCCUGAAAAGUACCUCCGUAGAUGUUCGACAACAGUUUGCCCUAAUCACCCUAAUUCUGAUUCUAGGUCUUUUGUUCAGGACGUCAUGCGUGCAGAGGAUGGCCCAUGUCACAGUGCUUGCGAACACUUAUUAUUAUUGGUGGCAUCCAUGACAUGCGUGCCCGGCGUUGGCGUCAUAUGUUUAAACAUGAAUCAUGGCAUGGCAUGUUAUAUAAUUGCGGCAAGCAUGUUGACCUAUAGCAACUUAAACCUUGCAUCUCCAAUGGCUGUCCCCAUGUUUGGGUCCCAUUUUAAUAUCUUUUGCACCUGAAGCCUGAAGAUUGCCGUCCUCGCAGCUGCUUCUUCCGGAGCGUAGCUAGGGGGCAUCCCAGGUGCCUCACUUCAGCAAUCAGCAGUGGCACCAUUCCUAGGGAACUGAUUGCCGUGUGUAGGUCGGCUUGCGGCUUGCGAUGAUGCUACUCCUGCCAAAGGUUCUACUUCUUGGAGUCUUGACAGGCAGCCCCUUCUGGUUGCAGGGCUGCUCCGAGUUUGAAUUGCCAUCAGAUCGACGAUUGCAGGCGGAACCUUUACCUCCAGCCGUAGCACCGCUCGCUCCACCUGUUCCACCUGCUCCGCUGCCACCGAUGCCGACGCUUCCACCGCCGGCCACUUUAGAUGAGACCCUGAAAAAGAAACCCAAACCCGUGCUCGUGACCCCUGAGCCGAUCUUGGGAUGUCCACCACCUCCAGUUGCUGGAGCCGUUCCAUCUCCGCCACCACCUGGUUAUACUCCUCGCUUGAUUGUGAGGAAUCUUUGCCCCAAUCUGGACAUGUGGAUCGCCUCUUCGGGCAACGUCCCCGGAGAGCGCAAUGUGAAGAUACCACCAAAUGGAACGCAUCAAUACUUUAUCCCACCAGGCGGUUUGAGCUCUACCCGCUUUUGGCCGAAGCUUUGGUGCAACGAGUAUGGGCAGAAUUGUGCCAUGGGGUCAAGUGGAGGUGAUUGUCAAGAUUGCUCUCAGGCAGGAUGUGCUCCUCCUGUGGAUUCCAAGUUUGAGGCGAGCUUCGGAGCACUUGGCGUGGACUGUGCAGUGGACAACAAGGGCUGUGAUUGGUGGGACACCAGUGCCGUGGAUGGUUUUUCGCUUCCUUAUGAAGUGAAAGUCGACAAGUGCCCUCAGGGCAAAAACAUCAACUGCCUCGGCCUGUCACUGGGCCAAUGUCCUUCCAGUGAAAUCUUGGGUGCCGCUGGAGCUCAGGAUCUUCGGGUCGUCGACCCAGCUAGCAAGAAGGUGGUGGGCUGCUAUUCACCUUGUGGAAAGCUGACUUACUCGAAUUGGCACAACCCCAUAGGUGCACAUGCUCCCAACAGUGAGGAGGCCAAGAUGUUCUGUUGCCCCACGCCUCCGGUCUCAUCGGAAGCAUGCAGGAUGGGCCCAGUGGAGCAGACGCAGUUUGUGAAGCUGAUACAUCAGAGCUGUCCAAACGUGUAUGGAUAUGCCUAUGAUGAUGCGGUUGGUCUUCAAGUGUGCCCUUCGGGGACCACCUACACCUGGAGCAUCGGUUGCCCGACCGAGCCUAAGGGGUCGCUCUACUUUUAGCGCUGCGGACCAGUCACCGGCACUUGCAACCGGCGGCGCUGCUGAUUGCCGGUAGCCUUGUGGCUGAAUCAAUAUGUGAACCAGAGAUGUACAGUGCACGACAGUAUUCGAGGCAUUCCCAAAGGGUGAAUCGCCAAAGUAGCUCAAGCCCAUUGACUCUUCGUUUUGCUGCCAAGAAGGCUGAUGGUCAGUGCAAUUCUGUGACUGCUGUCAAGCUACUGCAUUAUUGAUGAUAAGGGGGUCGUGUCGUGCACUUUUUUACC